AUGGAGCAGCCAAGGACCCACCGGCCGUCACACCACCGCAAGCCGCGCAAGAUUGUGCUGUGCUUUGACGGCACCGGGAAUCGCUUCGAGAGCAACACGGAGCAGAACAGCAACAUCCUCAAGAUCUACAGCAUGCUGGACCGAACAGCGGCAGACCAGUCUGGAAUCGGCACCUACGUCGUUUCCACGAGCCUCACAAACACGGGCUCCAUCGCCAAGAUGAAGUCGUGGUACAUGAAAGCCAAAGACUCGGCGGUGGGGUCGUCGUUCGACCAACACGUCGUGGGCGGCUACCGGUUCCUGAUGCAGUUCUACCAGCCGGGCGACGAGAUCUACAUCUUCGGCUUCUCGCGCGGCGCGUACAUCGCACGCUUCCUGGCCGAGAUGCUCGACUACGUAGGGCUGCUGAGCGUCGGCAACGAGGAGCUGGUGCGCUUCAGCUGGAAGGCCUUCUCCAACUGGCAGAGCCGGCGCAGCGACAAGUCGGCCGACGGCGAGCGCAAGAAGAAGGACAUGUACCGCUUCAUGAAGGGCUUCCGCGAGACCUUUUCGCGGCCGGUGCGGCGCAUCCGCUUCUUGGGCCUGUUCGACACGGUCAACAGCGUGCCGCGCUUCGAGACGGCCUGGAUGGAGCGCUCAAAGUUCCCCUACACGGCGCGCACGUCGGCCAAGGUCAUCCGCCACGCCGUCAGCAUCGACGAGCGCCGCGCAAAGUUCCGCCAGGACCUCAUCUACCAGAGCGGCGCCAAGCGCGACAGCAACAACAAGGAGCGCAACCCCGCCCAGCAGAAGCUGCACGAGAUCCACGAAAAGUACCGCCGCCGGAGCUCCGCGGCGCCCAGCCAGCAGCAGCAAGACGCCGACCGCGGCCGGCGGCAGACAUUGGCGGUUCCCGACGACGACAUGGCGCCGUACCGCAGCCGGUCUCACUCGGCGCGGUCGCAGGCGACGCGGCGGACGGACGCGUCGGACGCGCAGUCCGAGUUCUCGGUCAAGCCGCACCCGCACGGCGGCGACGGCGACGGCGACGGCGGCGACGGCGACUCGCAGGCCGACAGCGAGGACGAGAACGACCAGGACAUUGACGAGGUGUGGUUCUCGGGCGGGCACGGCGACAUUGGCGGCGGGUGGGAGACGACGCCCGGCUGCAAGGCCGCCAGCCACGUGCCGCUGUCGUGGAUGGUGCGCGAGGCCAUCAAGGCCGGCCUGCAGUUCGACCUCGAAAAGGUCCGCGAGCUGGGCUGCAUGGACGCGCUGGACGGCCAAGACGACUGCGACGAUGCCAUCGGAGCGCCGCCCAGCGACACCGACGUCCACGACAAGGCCGCGGCCCCGCCGGUAAUCCCGGGCAUCGUGGUCCGGAGCCCCAGCACGAGCGCGCCCAAGCUGCUGCAGACGCAGACCGGCUCGUCGCCGCAGCAGAAACCGACAUUCACAGAGCCGUUCCAGCCCACCACACCACCCUCCGACGAAAAGGGGGCCAGCAGCGGCUCGGCGGGAAACGGAAAACAGAAAAAGCCGUCAUGGCACUCGCUGAUGCACGGCGCGCACACGGCACGCAUUCACGACUCGCUGCAGUUCGACUGCGGGCUGGGGUGGACGACGGUGCUGGGGUGGAAGAUCAUGGAGUACCUGCCGUUCCGGCGGCUGGACCUGGGGCACGACGGAUCGUGGAAGCCGAUCCGCUGGCCGCUGCCGUGCGGCGAGGUGCGCGACAUCCCCGCCAACGCGCGCGUGCACGGCAGCGUCAUCCGCCGCAUUCGGCAAGACGACGGCUACCGCCCCGGCAACCUGAUUGUUGGCGGCGGCGGCAGAGGCGUCCGCGUCGCCCCCAAGGAGACGGGAAUGGGCGACUGGGUGUGUGUGGCCGAGGAGGGCGAUCCUGUGGGCGAGGUGUGGGUGAAGCGGGCGGCUGUCGAGAAGGCGGCCGCGCAAAAGACGGGGUGA